AUGUCGACUAAAACAUCGAUGAUGGGCCUCAAGGUCACUUAUAGUUUUGAUGAUACUCAGGCCUUCUUGUCGAGAUCCGCCAGUGACAUGAAAAUCAAGUUUGGUGAGAUGGAGCUUUUCAAUAACGAGACGCGUCUUAUUGGGGUAGUCAAGUUGAGAGAAUGUCUUCAAGCGGUGAUGAGAUCCAGUCCAGAAGUCAUGAGUAAUCUAGCGACUAAACAUGAUUAUACUAUCUAUGUUUGCGAUUACAGUGAAGUUGAUACCCCGUUAGUUGGUUACGGCACUUUGUCAAAUUUGAUAAAUAAUGAUUUUACCGAUGUUUCCGAUGAUGAGCCUAGGGGAUCCAAGAGUGGUAAGGCCAAAGAUAUUCUAAUUCCCGGGAAAGUUGAGACAAAUAUUGCGAGUUUAUUAUACGGGAAUUCCAAAACAAAAAAUAUACUUUCGGUGAAACUAAAUUUCAAGAUCAUGGAACGACAGAAACCAAAAUUCGAUGGGAUUCCUUUUAGAAAUGCCCUAAUUAACAAUAAUAAUAGAAAGACCUCCAAGUCAAAGAGAAUUACGAACCCAACUCCUGCUCCUAAGGCCACCAGAACAUAUUCUUUACCAAUCAGACCAUUGGAAUUCUUGCCUCCAAAUACCAAUCUCACAAAAAACCAAUCGCUUGCCGACCAGCUUCGAAAUCUUAAUAAUGCUACUUCGUCAAAGCGCAAGUCAUUAUCAAACAAUGAUUCGUCAAUAAAGAAGCUUAGAAAGCACAGUAAUUCGUCGCUAUUACAGAAAACUGACGAGGCUUUCUUGAACCAUUCAUCGCUUGUGAAUUCACUUGUGUCAUUUCAAAAACCAUCAAAGAUAAUCGAGAAGAAAAAGAGUAGUAGUGGUAUUAGUAAUAAUAGUGAUAGCAAUACUGAUGACAACGAAACUAAAGCGAAGCCAGGGAAAAAAAAUAGUAACUAUUGGAUUAUUAUGGAAGAUAAUAAAGAACGCAAAGAUGGCAACAAGGAAAAUGUUCCCCCAAAUAAUUUGUCUUCCGAGGUUUCUGAUUUUUCGAUAUCUACUAACAGCUUGAUGAGCUGUCAUAACGUUUCUUCUGCUCCAACGUCUGACAACAGUGAAGAAUAUCAACUUACAGGCUUCAUCAAAAAGCAAACCGAAAACCAGACCAAAUUUGAUAAAGAAUUAGAAGAUUUAUUUGAAUUUGAUCCGGAUAAUUUUCUCAACAAUGUCUAUAAUAACACUGAUCAAUCACAAGUCAACAACAAUGUUGCGACCUCGACGCCGUUGAAUAAUAAUGUUAUUAAUCUCUCAAACAAUAUCCAGAACCAUUUGAUCCCAAUUCAUCCGAAAACUCUUUCAACCAUGGGGCUUCAAGAUUCAACGCUCAUGGUAACCCCCGAUGAUAAUGGAGGAACUCCAAAAGACUCGGAAGCAUUGACUCCAAUUAUUGAGCUGGCAUCAGAUAAGGAUGGCUCUGACGACAGUGAUAACAACCAGCAGCUUGCCACCAGCCCAGUUUACGAUGAUGAAGAUGAGAGUAUUGAUAAACUACCAUUAAGAUCUUCUCCAUUUUCAGUUUACGAUUGA